AUGCAAAAACCCUUAGCUAGUAUAGAAAAUGUUUUAAUAUCAGAAGACUUAUUAAUAGAUAAAAGUUUUUUUGAUAUUGGUACUUUUGAGAAUAAUAAUAAUUCAAAGCUUGAGGAUGUUGAAGACAGUACUAAUAGUGAACUGGGCAGUAAUAAUAAAGACAGCUUUGAGAAUACUAGUGAUCAACAGUUGAGAAACUUACCUCUAUCUUAUGUUCUGCUACUUCAUGAGUUGUUUCCUGAAGCAACAAUUGUAGACUAUGAUGUGAAGAACUAUGUAUAUAAAUUUUGGCAUAUUCAUUUAAUGCAUAGUGGUGAUGCUGUAAAGCUUUUUGAACAUUUUAAAAAAGAACAUCAAACAAUCAAAGCUACAGAAGUUCAACCUGGUGCCUUUAUAAUUGAUGCUGACUCAGGUUUUAAGAGUGUUGUUCCUAAG